AUGUCUCAACAUAUCCAGUACAAGAAGCUUGGUUCAUCUGGUUUAUGGGUUUCUCCCAUCAUUGUAGGUUGUAUGACUUACGGCUCCAAAAAAUGGGCCGAUUGGGUUUUAGAAGAUGAAGAAAAGAUCUUCAAGAUCUUGAAAAAAUGUUAUGAUGUCGGAAUCAGAACAUUUGAUACCGCAGAUGUUUACUCGAAUGGGAAAUCGGAAGAACUUCUUGGAAGGUUCUUGAAGAAGUACGAUAUCCCAAGAGAUAGAGUUGUUAUCUUGACCAAAGUGUACUUCACAACUGAUCCCAGAAAAGAAGGUUUUCACUCACUUAAAGAUACUGAAUCAGCUCCAUAUGAGUAUCUUAAUUCGUUAGGGUUGUCUAGAAAACACAUUUUUGAUGCCGUAGAAGCCUCGGUCAAGAGAUUGGGUACCCAUAUUGAUGUCUUGCAAAUCCACAGGUUGGACAGAAGCACUCCCAAGACCGAAAUUAUGAGAUCGUUGAACGAUGUUAUUCUUGCUGGUCAUGUGAGGUACAUUGGUGCCUCGUCCAUGAAGGCUGUAGAGUUUGCCCAGUUGCAAUUUGUUGCUGAAAAGAACGCUGCUGAUUUCGUUGAAUUGCAAUUCAUUGCUGAAAAGAAUGGCUGGCCUAAGUUCAUCAGUAUGCAAAACUUCUACAACUUGAUCUAUCGUGAGGAAGAAAGAGAAAUGAUUCCAUUCUGUAACGAAAACUCCUUAGGUAAGGUUGGCGUGAUUCCAUGGUCACCAAUUGCCAGAGGUCUUUUAGCUAGACCUCUUGGUGUUGAGUCCGAACAUAACAGAACUGCCGAUACCGACAGGGCAAUGAAGUUCUUUGGUUUGGAAAACUUGACAGAAGCCGACAAGGAAAUCAUCAAGAGAGUUGAGGAAGUUGCCAAAAAGCAUGACGUCAGCAUGGCUAUAAUAUCCUCUGCUUGGGUUUUGAGCAAAGGUGCUUUCCCUAUCAUCGGUCUCAACUCUGAAGAAAGGGUUGACGAUGCUAUUAAGUCUCUCAGUGUCAAGUUAACUGAUGAAGAACUUGCGUACUUGGAAGAACCUUACCAGCCUAAGCGAGUAUACGGAUUUGUUUAG